GCGACGAGCUGACGUGUAGCAUUCCAUAGUUUUUGUACAAAAUCCUCAAACUAGGCUGUGAGAAUAGACUGGAUUUUAGGUUUUUAAGAUGAAUUUACCAGGAUUGAAGACCCUUAUGUCACAGAGAGUGCUUCAGGCAUAUUGCACCUGUGUGCGUAUGACCUUCCCUGUUACAAGGUCAUUGAGUAGUCACCCAUCAGCAACAGAUAAAAGCUCAGUGGAUGGAGAGAAAGAACCUCAUGUAUUGCAUGCAGUAUGGAGGAUCAGAUCACUUAAACGAAGGCCUUAUUGGGAAAGAGACAUAAUGAAACAGUUGAAAUUAGCUGAUACUCGUAAGCCUGUAAUCCACAAGAACACACCAUUGGUUAAUUCUCUUCUGACCCGGGUCCGCCAUCUUAUCCGCAUCAAGCCGGUUAAUCCCGUCUAUGGAAUGCCAGAUGGGGAUUAUGAAGAUACCUUGCUCAAGUGGAAUGGAGAUUUUAUUGUGAAAAGAAAGAUUGAACCACACAGAGAGGAAAAGACUGCUGCUAUAUCAGAUGGAGCUCAUGAAACAAAAAGCUAGAAUCAUAGUCCCGCAAUGGACAUAUAUUGGUGCGGAGUUUGGACUUCUAUGAGAUGUCAUAAAUAGCUAUUUUAAAUGUGGAAGGUAGAGAUUGAUGAGCAGCAAUUUUCUUAUUAUAUUCCUAUUUUGUAUUUAUGCUUUAUAUUGCUAUGUCAAUGUUUGCAGUAAAGAAGUUGAAUGUCUACAUUAUCUCAGGAGAUCAUAUUCAUUCAUGUAUGUGUAUUUAUAGGGCUUGAAUAAAUCAAAGGCCCUUUCAGGCCAUGGCUGUGGAUGUCCUGUUGAUUUUCUUUGAUGCCUCUGCCAUUGGCCUUCGCCCUUGCAGAGUGUUUGUCCUCUUCAGGGGCCGCGGAAGCAGGGGGGGGGGCUGGGGGGGGGUUUCAGUCCCCCCCUCCCACUUUUUUCCAAAACCAUGUACAAAAAUGUAAAAUUGACCAUAGGAUUGUGAUUUUUUGCAUGAUCAGCCCCCCCCCCUCCACUUUUGACUCAGCCCCCCCCCCCACUUUGAAAACCGUUCCGCGGCCCCUGCUCUUGUUUAAUUCUUUUUCCAAUUUACCCAUUUAAUGCUCCUAAGUUGUAGACUGUUUAUAUCAAUGCUUAGAUGACAAUAUAUCUUACCUUCCAAUUUUGAAGAAAGAAAUCAAAAUAUUUGAUCAACUUACAAGUGAUGUCCCGUUGAAAUUUGUGUAUCUUUGAAAGUUUAGCCACUGCCAUGUCUAAGGCUAGACUACCCCAUGUGUUACUACACUCUUCUACAUAUUUCACAAUUUUGAAGUUACAGCAGCAUGCCAAACAUUUAAAGGAAUGUUUCAUUUCCAUAAAAUCUGAAAAUUGAAAUUUAUAUUUUUCUUCAGAUUUUGAAAAAAUCUUCAUUGUCACUUUAAAAUAACUUGAUGUUUGAACUGAACUAUAUCCUGUCAUGAAAAUGAAACAAGCGUGUAUUUUUAAUUAGAAGAAAACAUGCAACUUACAUUGGUGAAGAAAGAGGGAAGAGCUUAUUGUAAACCAUCACAUUUUAAAAGCCACGAUAUAGGAGAUACAGAGAUCAAGGUAAGUUUAUUUGUUUAAAAUAAAGAUAUAUUAAAAUGGCCGUAAAAAUGAAAAAAAAACAUAGCUUGAAUAUGUUCAUUUUCAUUUGGAAAACACCCCCCCCCCCCCAAAUUAAAGAGCUGUGCUAUUAUCAUGUACAUUAUUCAGAAAAAUAAAUAUCCAAUGAUUGGAGAUGAUGAAAUAUA